GGUCACGUGCUCUAGGGGCAGAGACCGGAAGUGGGCGCCGUGCGGAUGACGUACUCGGAAUGCGCCGCUGCCAGGGCUUCCGGCUCCCCGCCCGCUUCUUGGUGCGCGAGGCAGGCGCCGGGAGCAGAGGCGUGGGUGGCGGUUGCCAUGGAGUCGGACGGCAAAGGGGCCUACGUGCUGAGUAACCUGGCUGAGGUGGUGGAGCGGAUCCUGAGCUUCCUGCCCACCAAGGCAUUGCUGCGGGCGGCCUGUGUUUGCCGGUUAUGGAGAGAAUGUGCCCGUAGAUUACUGAGAACACAGCAGAGCAUAGCGUGGGUCUCUGCACUUGAGCCUGGUCCAUCUGAUAGUCAUUCACUGGUCCGUGCAUUAGCCGAAGAACUUGAGAAUGUGCAUGUGCUGCCACGAACAGUGCUCUACAUAGCAGAUGCAGAGACUUUCAUUGGAUAUGAAGAGUGUCACAGACAAAAGAGGGCAAGGAAAAGAAAUAGUAAAGAAACAGCAAUUGCACUAGAAAAGCUGUUGCCAAAACGAUGCCAAGUUUUGGGACUGGUCGCUCCUGGAAUUGUAGUUACUCCAAUGGGCUCAAGCAGCAAUCGACCUAAAGAAAUCGAAGACGGUGAAGCUGGCUUUGCUUUAUUGUUCCCUAAAAUUGAUGGUGUGAAAAUCCAUACCUUCCACUUUUUUAAAGUUUUUGAUGAAAGCAAAUUGACUGAAGCAGGUCUUAAAAAUAAUCCAGAGCUCCGUGUGGUUCUUCUAUUUGUCUACAAUUCUUGGAAGCCGGGAGCUAAUCGGUUUCUUAAUCAGAUAAUCAAUCCUUUAAAUGAAAAAAGUAUCAUCUUGGCUGGGGGGUAUGUGGAGAGCUUGACGUCACUGACCUCUGAGAAGCAUGUCGUCUCGUCCUUGACACAAAGCAGAGCGGAGAUCAAUUUGGUGAAAAAAGGAAGAAGCGAACACUUCAAAGGCACAAGAUCUGCAGGCCAAAAGUUGGUGUUUACGACUUCUGGUUUAUAGAAAGUAAAUAUGAUCCUGCUUCUACACACGUUGAAUAUGAUCAGAAUGUUCUUAAAUGUUUGUUUUUACACUACUGUAAAAUGAAUAGCCUCCAUAUUCCAGAUGAGGAUACCAUUGGAUUACAUAAAACCAUAGAAGGUAAUGGAAAAAUGAAUUGAUUAUGAUGCAUAGCCAAAUAAAUGUUUGUUUAUAUAUAUAAUCACACAGGAAAAAGCAUUAAAAUGAGUUAUCCUGUUUUUAGAGCUGAUGGCCCAUAUUUUGGUACUUCAUAACUGAUUGGCCCUGGUGUCCCUAUGUGGAUGCCAUUUGACUGACACAUUCUAGUUUGACACAAUACACUUCAACAGAGGAAAUGUGGCUCCAGAAUUUAAGAUGCAUGGGAAAAAUACAAAACUUUCAAAGUUAUUGCAAAAUGCAUUAUAUUACAAAAAAUACUUUGAUGUUCUCCCUUGGGCAUUCAAACCUCCAUUCAAGGAAAGUACUUAAGCAAAGUCCAUGCCUGUUCAGGACAGUUCUUAAGCCUGGCUUAAAUUCUAUUGAUUUCAGUUGGACUUCAGCACCUGCUUAAGUGUUGUCCUGAAUAGGAAUGUUUUCCAGAAUCAGGGACUCAAAUAUUAAGGUGCAUUUUCCUGCCCUUCCAAGUGCAAUGGCAACUUCCUACUUGUUUUUACAAUAUAUUUGAAAAAAAAAUUAAAAAUAGUGUUGGGUCUUAUAUGUAGGUAUAGUGCAUAGAGUAUUCAUGUUAGGUUAGUUUUUCCUCAAAAAGCCCAGCUGGCAUAAGGCUUAAUUGGGGAAUAAGGAAUCCUCUUAUUACCCCUGCUGUGUUCUUAUAGUAGACCUUCGAAAGAAAGCAAGAAUAACCUGAUGAAGAUAAGAGACCACAAAUCAUAUGAUACUAAAUCUUCACAAUUGCAUCAUCUCAAGGGGAUUUCAGUUAAAACCUGCAGGAACAGUAAAUCUGCUUUUUUUGGUCAUUUUCUGUGCCUGCAGAUUCCUUUUGGUCCAGCUUAAUAUUGAAAUAAGCUUUAUUUUAACAGAUGAAGACUCUGGGCCUGGUCAGUCAUGCCCUCUUUGCGGGGAGCAAUAUACUAGGAUCCUGUAAAUGAUUAAACCCCAGUCUGACUUUCAGGUACAGCAGAGGUGCCUGGUAAGACUGAACCUCAGCUAUGAAUUUUGGAAAAAUGGGUGAUUAAAAAUGUUCAUUUUCUUAUUUACUUUCCAGGUAAAAAUGAAGCUCUGCUGUAUAUCAAAUGGGAUCUUGGAAUUCACUGACAUCCUGCCAAGAAAAAAAGGGUAAUACUCUGUUUAUGUACCGUUGUUUCAUUUUUUCAUCAUAUUUUAUCUCCACUUUUGGAAGAGA